AUGUCGAACAAUCCCGAUUUCCAGCUCGCCGAAGUGUUCAGCGUCAAGGGCAAGGUGGCCCUUGUCACGGGCGGUGGCUCUGGCAUCGGACUGAUGUGCACCCAAGCUCUCGCUGUCAAUGGCGCAAAGGUGUAUAUCGUCGGCCGGACAGAGGAGAAGCUGGAUAGGGUCGCACAGGUUCAUGGCAAAGAUAUUGCAGGAGAAAUCAUUCCCAUCGUGGGCGAUGUCACGGACAAGGACGGCGUCAGGAAGCUUGUCGAGGAAAUUGAGAAGCGGGAGAAAUGCCUCUGCAUCCUGGUCAACAAUGCUGGCAUCGCUGCCGAGAAAACCAAGGUUGACGGCGAGAUGAGCGCUGAGGAGGUCCGCAAGAACCUCUUCGAUCCCACUACAGUCGAGGAGUGGACUUCUCUCUACGCAACCAACGUAGUCGGCCCAUACUUGAUGACUACCGCCUUCCUCCCGCUGCUCCAAAAGUCCACCGACCUACACAAGGGGUACUCUGGCUGUGUCAUCAACAUCACAAGCAUCUCCGGCCUCGUCCGCAUCUCUCAAGGCCAUUUCUCCUACAACACGAGCAAGGGCGCCGAGAUCCACCUCAAUAAGAUGCUCGCCACCGAAAUCGCGAAGGCUGGUGUCAAGGUUCGCAUCAACAGCAUCGCUCCUGGCGUGUUCCCAAGCGAGAUGACAACGCAAGAGAGCAAGGAUAACCAGAAGAGCGAGAUGCCAAAGGAGCAUAAAGAGGGACUGCCUUCUCAGCGACCGGGCAAUGACCGAGACAUGGCAGCUGCUAUUCUCUUCGCUGCGAGCUGCCAAUACCUCAACGGCCAGACUAUCCCCGUUGAUGGUGGUUAUCUGAUUCAGGUGGGACAGUAA